AUGGAAACGGACCCCUGGAGUGGACCUGCUUCUAUACCAUACACUCAGCUUCAGCAGCUACAGCAACAGCAGCAGCAGCAGCAGCAGCAGCAGCAGCAACAACAGCAGCAGCAAGGGCAGCAGCCAUAUUGGUACCCGUACACGCCAUCCUCGAUAAUAGGUCCUCCUCCUCCUCCCGCCUCUCAAAUUCAGGGCACGAUGCGAUCCUUCGCGCAGCUUUCCACAUCAGACCGCUUCGGCCGGCCGUCCGCUGGCACCGAUGACCGCACUAGCUUCACAGCGAAGGGAUCGUCUAGGACGAGGAAGGAGGCAGAGCGGCAGUGUGCCAUCGACGCGUGCUUCCAUCUCAAGGACCUAGAUCUGCUACGACUGCCUGAAGAAGUGGCGCCUCCUCUUGCUGUCAUCUCAGGCAGUGGAUCCGGAUCAAGUGGAAGGGGAGGAAGGGGAGGCGGAGGCGGGGGAGGAGGGGGUGGAGGGGGAGGGAGCGGUGGCGGGCUGUUGUCUGUGUGGGCGGAGAACCCGAAGAACUUUCUGCAGCACUGUCCGGUGUUCAAGGAUUGGAUCGUCCACAAGGGAGGCAAGCUCAACAUUCGAGUCUCUUCUGCGGGGCCUGAUCACGGCAAGGUGUUCUACGCAGAGCUCGAUGUGCUGUUGGGGAGGAACUGCAGUGUAGCGUACGUGUUCUACGCAGAGCUCGAUGUGCCGUUGGGGAGGGGGGGCGGCGCGCAGGUGUGGGUGGCGCGGGGGAGGGGGCGCAACAAGGCGGACGCGGAGAGGAACUGCUGUGUAGCGGCGUGUGAGCGCCUGCACGAGCUGGGGCUGCUCAAAGCGCCUUCCUCCUCCAACCUUGCUGCCCUGGGACAGAGUGGUGGCAGUGCUGGCACGCUGGCGAAGGAUCAGACCCCUCGCCUCUCCCUCGAUCCAUCCGACAUCACCCUUCUAGAAGACGUGCUCUCCGAAUUCCACUCCAGCCUGCCCAAGCCACCAUUGGCUGCUGAGAGGAGGAGCGCGGCAAGGGAGAUGGGGGACAGGUGGAGGGCGCGGGAGAGGCUGCCAGCGUGGAAGGAGAGGGAUGCGGUGGUGCGAAUGGUGCAUGCAAACCCAGUGUCGCUCAUUGUUGGGGAGACUGGCUGUGGCAAGACCACCCAGGUCCCUCAGUUUAUUCUUGAAGAUUCGGAGCGAAACGGCACUGCUAGCAGCACGCACAUUAUAGUCACUCAGCCUCGCAGAAUUGCAGCGUUGAGUGUGGCAGAGCGUGUGGCGUGGGAGAGGGGCGAGGCGUUGGGUGACAGUGUGGGGUACCGCAUUCGGCUGGACAGCAAGCCACCCAGGGCCAGAGGCAGCAUUCUCUUCUGCACUGUCGGCAUCCUGCUGAGGCGAAUGCAGAGCCCAGAGGGCAUGGAGGGGGUGAGCCAUGUGAUAGUGGACGAGGUGCAUGAGCGAGACAUGGACACCGACUUCCUCCUCAUCGUGCUCAAACAGAUGCUCUCCUCCCCCACCGUGCCCUCUCGCAUCCGCGUGGUCAUCAUGAGUGCCACCAUCGACGCCGAUCUCUUCACCUCUUACUUCCACCACUGCCCCAUGCUCGCCAUCCCCGGCUUCAUCCACCCCGUCUCGGUCUAUUCUCUGGAUGAUCUACCCUCCCUCAUGGGCCGCCACUUGCCCUCUGUGGUGCGCCAAGCACUGCACCCCAAGUACGGCUGCGCUGACGAGGACGAGCUCGAUGCUGAGCUGGCGGCGAGGGUGGUGGCAUGGGUGGAUGAUGAGUAUGCGAGGGAGGACGGAUCGAUCCUCUGCUUCUUACCUGGGUGGGACACGAUAGCAGAAGCCAAGCGCCAGCUGCAGUUCCUCCCCAGAUCAUACCACUUCCACAUUGUUAUGCUGCAUUCCCAGGUGCCACCAGCAGAGCAGAGAGCAGCGUUUGAUCGACCUCCAGAGGGGAAGCGCAAGGUGAUUCUAUCGACCAACAUAGCGGAGACGAGUGUGACAAUAGACGACGUGGUGUUUGUGGUGGAUGGCGGCAAGUCAAAGGAGAAGUACUUCGAGCCCGCACGAAACAUCUCCUCCAUGCGCGUGCAGUGGGCGUCCAAGGCGAGUGUGAAGCAGAGGCAGGGCCGAGCUGGUCGUGUGCGCCCUGGGAGAUGCUUCCGCCUCUUCACUCGCGCGGUGUACGAGGCCAUGGCCCCCAACUCAGUGCCUGAGAUGCAGCGAGUGCCUCUGGAAGAGAUCUGCCUGCAGAUCAAACCCCUCCCCCUCGCAGCCGCCGUCACUGCCCACCCCUCCUCCUCCUACCCCUCCUCCUCCACCACUGCACACCGCAGCACCAACAUCGGUCUCUUCCUCGCAAAGGCCCUCUCUCCCCCCGAUCCUUUUGCCGUUCGCCACGCGAUAGAAAACCUCCAGAGGCUCGGCGCGUUGGAUGAGGAUGAAGAGCUCACAGCCCUUGGAUCGACCCUCAGCCGGCUCGCCGUGCACCCUCGGAUCGGCAAGAUGCUUGUAUAUGGGUCUCUUCUGCACUGCCUCUCUCCUCUCCUCUCCGUCGCUGCGGCUGCUUCCCUCUCCCGGGACCCGUUCCUGUCUCCCAUCACCAACCGCAACGCCGCCGAUGCUGCGCGCCGAGCCUUCGCGAAAGGCUCGGCGGCGGGGAGCGACCAUCUAGCCGUGGUGAUGGCGCAUGAGGGGUGGAUGAGAGCAAACGCAGAGGGACGGGCGAUGGGGUACUGUGAUGAAAACUUUUUAGCGCCGUCCGGGAUGCGGCUUAUGCUUGGGCUGAAGAUGCAGAUAGAAAGGAUGCUGUGGGGGGCUGGGUUGGCCCAAUUAGGAGAGUCUCUAGAUGCUGAUCUGCCGCCUAAGGCUCAGGCUCAGGGUGCUGUUCCAGGAGGCAUGGUGGGGCAGGGGAGGGAGGUAAGGAGUGGAGGAGGAAGAGGGGUAAAGAGAGAGUCAGGCAGUGAUGGUGGUGAUGAUGGUACUGCUGCUGGUGGCGGUGGUGGUGCUGCUGCUGCUGCUUCUGGUGGAGCUGCUGGUGGUGCUGGUGGUGGGGUGUCUUCACUGAGUGGUAGGCCUGACAUCCGGCAUGUGACUCGCAUCGAUGCUCGCUCUGGCUCCACGCAGCUGGGUGAUUCCAGAGGUGCUGCUGCUGGUAGCAGGGAUAGCUGGAGGAAGGAGAGGGAGAGGGAGGGGGAGCGGGAGAGUGAGGGUCGGCGGCACAGGUCGAAGUGGGAUGUGCGAGUAGCAGACGAGCGAAUGGACGAGCAGAUGGACGGCCGAGAUUACCCGUCUGGUUCCGACAGAGCCAAUGCUUCUCCAUCUGAACCGCACAUCGAUGACACCGACAAAUCAUCGCUCUUUAUCGCUCGCUCAGUGCUUGUCGCGGGCCUUUCUCCCCAUGUAGCCCGCUCCGACAUGCUCCCGGAAGCCCGAGGCGGUACCGGUUCCGGCAGCAGCAGCACCGGGAAGCAGAAGGUCCGGCUGAGGUUCGGGUUCCGAACCUCGGAGGGUCGGGUGUGGAUCCACCCGACAGGGGUGAUUCCGCAGCAGGGCAAGGCAUUGGACGAUGGGGGAGUGCAUUUUCUGACGUUCAACGAGCGUGUGCAGACCUCUCAGGUGUUCAUCCGUGGAUGCACACUCAUCCCUGCUCUCUCUAUCGUCCUCUUUGGCGGUCCUAUCCAGCUUGCCCCUGCCCCAUCUCCGUUUCUACCCCUGGGAGGGGCUUUUCCCUCUGGCAAUCCGUAUGGUGCUGCUGCUGGUGGCGCCUAUGGGUUUGGGUCCUCCUCGCUGGCAUCUCAGCCGGUUCUGCUCGUUGUGGACCGUUGGAUCGAGUUUGUGGUGGAUCGGCAUGUGGGAGAGCUGCUGGUGCAGCUUCGGGCGGUGCUGGAUUCGAUUCUGGGGAGGUGGGUGGCGGGAGGGCCGCGGCCGGCCAAUGAGAGGCGAGUGGUGGGGUGUGCUGUGAGGCUGCUGGAGCAAGCGGGGAGAGCAGCCGUGCGGGAGACGGAAAAUGCAGAAAAAAACUCUGCUGCUGGUGCUGGUGCUGGUGCUGGUGCUGGUGCUGGUGCUGGUGCUGGUGGUUAUGGUGGUGUUGCUGGUGCUGCUGGUGGUGUUGCUGGUGGUCCGGUUGGUGCGAUGGGAUCGUUUGGUGGCAUGAUGUCAGUUGGUGGUGGUGCUGUUGCGGGUAGGGUGAUUGAUGAUGGUGACCGAUGGAUGUCAGGAGGUGGUGGGGGGGAUUGGAGGGGAGGUGGUGCUGGCGGGGGGGAUUGGAGGUCUGGUGGUGCUGUAAGGGCGGAUUGGAGGGGGGCCGGUGCUGGUGGUCGUCAUGAGCCUAGUCCUCGUGGGUAUGGUGACCGAAUCUCAAGGGAUGGGUAUGGGUAUAGAAGCAUAAGCAUGUGGAACACGAGCCAACAUCGCACAAAUGCAUCCGGCCAAAGUGCUCAUGCGACAAGUUUGAUAGCCCAUCGGUGUGCAACUGCAAUCAUCCAUGGGGUCAUCACACACAACAGACCAGUGUCCUGA